GAAAGGGCAUCCCUACGGUGAUUCUUUACCUGGAAGAAAACUGAUUCUGUUUACAAAUUGGCUGAUCAAAUAUUUUAUUCUCAUGUCAAACACCUUUUUCUUUAUUUGAAAUUAAUGUAAUAAAUGUUUAUCGAAUUUUACAUAAUGCAAUUGACAAUGAAUGCCGUACAAGUACAUAAAUCAUUUAACAUGUCUUUCGUUACUGAUCUACCUUACAAUAUUUUCACGUAUUCGAGUCUCUUUACAACUUAAAACAGCAUAUGUUUCAGGACCAGAUUGUUUCAUGAUGUCUUCAUACAAGGAACAUUUAGAUAUGAAAAUUUUGGAUGAUGAAGAUGAUCUAAGUGAUGAUGAAGUAUUCACUCAAGGAGGCAAAUCUAUUCCUCUGGAAGAGAAUGGGGUCAACAAGCCUCUAAUGGCACCUAGGAUGCGUAAUAAAGACACACUGCAUACAAAAGUUCGAAAAGUUCCAUCUUUGAGAGUACUAUGGGCACCUAUCCUUUACUUUUGUGUUGUCUUGUCAUCUGUUAUUAGUCUUAUAUUUCUUGUGGUAUUUAUCAUUAACAUUUUUAUGAAAAAUAUUGCACCAUCUGGUCACCACAGUCACGGUUUAAAAGCUUCAAAUAUUUUACCUUGUUCGAAGAUAAGUUCAGAAGAUGUUUGGGUAAAAACUUUUCCAAUGCUGACUACGGAAACAGCUGUAAGAUUGAAUGAUAUAAACGGAGAUGGUAUUGAGGAUAUCAUCCUUGGAUUUGGAACAGGUGCAGAUGCAUUUUAUUAUCCCAAAGUGGUCUGCCAUGUUUACUUUCCUAAGGCAAAAGAUGAGUGCGGUGGUGGUCUACUUGCAUUGGAUGGCAAAACAGGGAAUGAAAUUUGGAGACAUUAUUCAGCUCAUGAAUUGUUUGCAGUCAACUGUAACAUUGAUCUUAAUGGAGAUGAUGUUAAAGAUUGUUUAGGAGGAGGUCGCAUGGCUGGCUUUGUUGCUGUUGAUGGAAAAGAUGGCUCACUUCUAUGGGAAUUUGAUGAUCAAAAUGCAAAAAUAGAUGCUUCUAAUGUGUAUACACCCCAAUACAUUGAUGAUAUAAAUUAUGAUGGAAUACCUGAUCUUGUUGUUAUACAUGGGGGAGAUCCUUUGAAAGAUCCUGGAAGUGAAACUAGGCUUGUUGGUAGAUUGUUAGUUGUCAGUGGAAAAACUGGGCGUGUUUUGAAAUGGAUUGAAGUUCCAGAUGAAAGGGAAAGUUAUUAUUCUCCUCAAGUUUUAACACAUCCUGAUGGUGUAAGGAUACUUUUAUUUGGAACUGGUGGAGAAACACAUGGAGGUUCUUUAUGGAUUUUAAAGUUAAAUCAUCUGCUUUCCGGUGAAAUAAACAUGGCUACUAAAAUUUAUACAGACAAAUAUAAAGGCAUCAUGACACCACCAGCCCUUGUUGACAUUAAUGGUGAUGGUAUAUUAGAUGUAGUUAUGGCCAUGUUCAACUCCUCCAUUAUUGCAUUCAAUGGCUUAACAUUUGGUCGUUUGUGGGAAUAUCAUGUACCAUCAUCUGAAAGUUACAGUACACCUGGAGUUGGAUACUUCAACAAUGACUCCAUUCCUGAUUUUAUUAUAAAUUAUCAAACUGGUCCAGGAUUUCCAAUUUAUUACUAUACUCAGACCACUAUACUUGAUGGAAAAAAUGGUAAACCCCUUUUAUCAAAGCCCAUAAAAAUGGUUGUAGGUACUCAAUCAUCUCCACUUGUAAUAAGUGUAUCAGGAAAGGGAAACGAUAUCUUUUUAUACUGGACAUCUGAUUGCCAUGGGUCACAAAAUAAAUCUGAAUUGCAGUUUGAUUUUGUUAAAGGAACAAGUGUGCAUGAUCAGUCAAGAGCUGAUUUUUGUAAACUAAGAUUUAAAGACAAACUUUUUACAAAGAUGUACGCCCUCUCAAAUCAUAUUCCAACACCAGGAAAAGUAAUAUAUGAUUCAGACCUCAGGAAAGCGAUCGAAUACAGCAAUCCUAUAAACUAUUCGGCACUAGGUUUAGAAUUUCUCUACAGACAUCCAGGUUAUCAGGAAGAUUAUCAACUCUAUCUGGAAAGUGAAAACCCUGAAUUUGACAACAGAAUCCUCCAACAGGACUUUUCUGAUCUGCCCAAUCGAUACGAUGAUGUGCAGCUUGAAAAAUUGCUCAGUGGCAAUGAAAGAGCAAUAGGAAGAAAAUACUCUGAACCUAAUGAUUACAACUUGCCUGAUGAAGCUCAGCUCUUUCCCCAAUAUUACAUGCAACAACCUAGCAGUGGCAGCGAACGUUAUUAUCCUCUUGAAUACAGACAAGUGCCAGAUCAGUUUGCUGUGGUGAAGAAACCAAAACCCAGAAGAAUGAAUGUAGCAUGGCCUAAUCAAUAUCUUACAUUAGCUCACAACAGGCCUAAUUACGGUAGUAGCCGCAUUCCGUUGAAUCGUGGAAAACGGCAGCUGUUUUCAAGGGUUAGAAAAGAUUACCACCGUAAAGCAACAGCUUCGAGUAGAAAACGUCGACAUGUUGGACCUCAUGAUGGAGGAGGUAUACAGCGAAUUAUAUCUACAGGUACAUUAGCACCCAGCCUAAAAAAAGGUGGCAUGGAUAUUGUUUUUGCCACUUUCUGGUUUUAUCCAUCAGAAACACAAGGUCUUUUACCUGAAGACAAAGAAUGUAUUGAAUCCAGAAUGAAAAUGGAGCAAGAAAGAUUUGACCCUUCAAGUGGCCUAUAUGGUAUGGAUCAUGAUGCUUAUGAAGAAUAUGUGACUGAUCAUUGUUUACAGAAGAAUGGCAACCUGCGCACCACAUCGAAGAAAAAAGGUUACAAUCCUUUUAAUCGCCCCAUGGGACAAAUGACUGUUUACCGCGUGCACAUUGAUUGUAAAUGCACACAAGCAACCAAAAAAACUAAAUGUGCUAAAAUUUUGCCAUUUGAAAAGCAAAUGUGGACAUCAUACAUGGGUCUUUAUGGGAAUAGUGUGGCAAAUCAGAUUCCUGUUAUGUAAAUGUUAAAAUUGUUACUGUUGGGUCAUAUGUACAUAAAAUUCUGUAUAUUAAUCUGAAUAUAUUUAAAAUUAUUGUUUCAUGA